UCAGCCCCUCUGAUUUUUGUUUAGUUUUAUAUUCUUAAUAUUUAUUUUCGUCACAGUAAAUAAUACCAUAUACUUAUAAAAUAUAGUCUAACAAAACAAAUUCCAGAGAUUGUUCUUCGAGGAGUAUAUUAUAUUAUAUCGAUUAUAAUUGGGAAAAAAGAGCAAUAUAAGAAUAUUAUUUCAUUAAUCCCAAGAUUACAGUAAAAAGGAAGAUCCUUUCCUUCUAGUGGCCACCACCUCCGUUUCUUCUUGGCCCCUCCCUCUCUCUCUCUCUCAUCACUGCUAGCCAAGAAAACGAUGGAAGAUUUCAGAUCCAGAUCCUACGGUGAGGGAAGAGCCUCUGACAUCCAACAGCACAGAUCGGACGGUCCAAAUCGGUUCGCAGUCAACAAUAUGCAGAAUCUCAGGUCCUACAGCACUUCCUACGCGGAGCACCCGACCCGGAACCAGACGGCGGACGACCCGGAUCAGGAUCCGAGGAAGGAGAGGUCGAUGAACAGAACCGGGUCGGGUUGGGGAUUGGGCGACCCGGAUUUGCGGAGGAAGAAGAGGGUGGCGAGCUACAGAGCUUACACAGUCGAAGGAAAGCUCAAAGGGUCAUUUCGUAAGAGCUUCAAGUGGAUCAAAGACAGGUGCUCCAAACUGGCUCAUGCUCUGUGAUUUCAUUUAAAUUAAAUUGUAUAACCUAUGAUGAGAUUAUAAUAAAUGCUUGGUUCUAGAAAAAUGUCGAUUCAGUGACGAGAGUAUACUGUUGUCGAAUGUAUUCGAGGGUUCCAUCAUGAAUGGAUAUGGUGCGUUUGUGUUAUAAUA